AUGAGUGACUGGACCAAGAAAACCGCUCCCCUCAACACCGGUGCUCAGAUCCCGCUGGUCGGUCUUGGAACCUGGCAAUCGCCUCCCGGUGCUGUCGAGAAGGCCGUUGAGGCCGCCCUCCGCGCUGGAUACCGCCACAUCGACACCGCCCUCGCCUACGGCAACGAGGCCGAAGUCGGCCAAGGAAUCAAGGCUUCCGGAGUCCCCCGCGAGGAGAUCUGGCUCACGACCAAGCUCGACAACCCGUGGCACAAGCGCGUCGAGGAGGGAAUCGCCAGCUCGCUCAAGUCUCUCGGUGUCGACUACGUCGACCUGUACCUUAUGCACUGGCCGUCGUCCACCCGCCCCGAUGACCUCAAGAAGCACCACGACGACUGGGACUUCGUCAAGACGUGGGCGGAGAUGCAGAAGAUCCCCAAGGACCAGGCGCGCGCGAUCGGUGUGAGCAACUUUGGAAUCAAGAACCUCGAGAUCCUGCUCAAUGCUCCCACGACCACCGUGGUUCCCGCCGUCAACCAAAUCGAGCUCCACCCCAACAAUCCGUCGCCAAAGCUGGUGGCGUACAACACCGAGAAGGGCAUCCACACCACCGGAUACUCGUGCCUGGGAUCCACCGACUCCCCGCUGCACAAGGACCCGGCGCUGUUGAAGAUCGUGGAGAAGACCGGAAAGACCAGCGCGCAGGUGCUGAUCAAGUGGGGCCUGCAGAACGGCUGGAGUGUCAUCCCCAAGACCGUUACAGAGUCCAGAGUCAAGUCGAAUUUUGACCUGAAUGGAUGGAACUUGGAGGAUGAGGAUGUUAAGGCUUUGAACAGCCUGAAGGAUCGGUUCAAGGUGUGCGGUGAUGCUUGGCUCCCGAUCAAGGUCUUCUUCGGCGAUGACGAGUAA